GGGGGCCUCCUAUCCAACGCUGUUACUGUUCCCAGCCAGGCAGAGCCUUUCCUCGCUCAGGUCAAUACCCGGAUGUGGAUCAUUGGCAACGGUGCCGGCAUAAGGCCCGCAGUAGGGCAUGAGGCUAAUCUGCAAAGACCACGAUCUUGUCGGGAACGCCGUCGGUCACUUAAUGAGCUUCAGUACGGGACCACCCAUACCGUGCUACAUUUGGGGCCUCUGUGGAACUUGUUCUCGGGGAGGUAG